GACUUUCAGUCUGUCAGUGAACGUUUCGCGGUGAACAUCGAGAGAGAAAGAAAGAAAGGGAGAGGGAGAGAGAGAUAGAAGGAUAGAUAGAUUGAGAAAGAGAAAGAGAGAGAGAGAGAGAGAGAGCUAUUUAACCGCGUGUAUCUCAUACCAAGGAAAUUUCUACGAAACGAACGAAGGACAUCGUCAGUACAUAUCGUUGGAAUUAUCUACGUGUUUCAAGGUCAACGAAAUAGAACCUCUUUGGAUCGCGAAAUAUUCGAGAUACCAUCGAGACACCAUCGAGGAACGUUCCAAGUGUCAACAAGAGAUAUUCUUUUUUUUUUCAAACUUCUUUUUUCUUUCUUUCAAUUUUUUUUUCUUCCAUUGUGAAUCUACGUAAAGAAGAAGAAGAAGAAGAAGAAGAAGAAGAAGAAGAAGAAGAAAAAGGAGAAGAGGAAGAAAUUUUUUGUUUUUUAAUCGAACCAUGCCGCCCUCUCAUCAUCGUAGGAUAUCCACUGAAUGCAACUCGUCGAAAAACAACGACGGGAAGAGUAACGACGAAUCCAACAAGGUGGCGAAUUUUACGGUGGCUAUUAACAAUGACUCUACGGAGUCAACGUACUUCGUCGAUCGUUUGCGUCGUCAACAACAACAUCAACAGCAGCAACAACAACAAUAUCAACUGCAACAAUAUCUUCAAAGAACAUCGAGAUGCGGGAUACAAACGUUGUCGAGUCACAUUCCAUCGAACGCGGCAAAAGAUAUCGUCGAGGAUGAACUUAGAAACGAUCUCGUUUACGUCCAUUGUGCCACAACCGAGGACGAAGACAUUGACGAAGAUGACGAAGAGGAGGAGCCAACAGGAUUGGCUAGAUCUAGAUCCUGGCUGUGUUGUCCGGGUGAUCGCAGAUCCGAGAGAACCGUACCGGUUCAUGUAGAAAUGGAUUAUACGGAUAAACAACAUUCUCUCCAUGCAGCAGCAUUGUCGUCGUUACGAUCCGAAGUCGCCGAUCUAAAUUCACGACUAUUGAUAGCUACUCGUGCGAGAGAAGCUGCUGAAGUAGCUUUAGCAAGAGCAGAAGUUCAAGCUGCUAGGGCUGAGCAAAGAGCUGAACAGCAGGCGGCCAGGCACGAGGAGAGACUUACCGAAUUGCAUUCCGUCAUUGCCGAGCUGGGCAGACAGUUGGAGAGGCAUCGUGCUACCGUAAUUGCCGAGGAGGAUGAGUCCGAAAUCGAAACCAGUAGGGAUGCGGAGGGAUCGAUCACGAAUCCGGUGGAGGAGAGUGAGGGAGGUGGAGAUAUUCAAGGUGAUGGAGAUAGAACCUUGGGAGAUGCCGAUUCCAGUUGCUGCGAGGAAAUUGAACAUCGAACCAACGAGAACGGUAGGGAACAAUUGGACAGUCCUGCUGCUUUACCAACGCCAGAACCAACUCAACCAGCAGCCUCGUGUCAAAGUGUCGCCGUGGCUACUCUCCAAGAAGAAGUUACGGCCCUUAGAGCAGAAAUCGUGAGCCUCCAAGCACAGUUGGCACAAUUUAAGAAUCAAGGACAGAAUGGCAAUCAGGGACAACUCAAUGGAGACUCACCUCGACGAGAACAUAAAACGAGAGGUAACACCAGCUCGCCAGAACCUCUGACGGCACCUUGCUCGCCACUCCUGCCACCCCUUCAAACACCGCCGACAAAGAGCGUAACGAGGGAGGAACCGCCAGUCCUCAAGAUGGCCGAGAGGGUGAGACUAAGGAGAACUGAUGAGAGACAUAUCACCGGCCCAGAUAUUACGAAUCUCGGUGUUUGUUCGACCAUGGUUGCUGAACAUCUCGUGUCCGAUCUCUUAGAACAAUCGAAUUUGCAAGAGUUAAAUGGCUCGGAGAAACAAUUCGAAGUAGAAACAGAAAGGUUGAACAGCAGAUUGGAACAUGCUCGAGCGAAUAACGCUGUUCUUGCUUUGACCUUACACGAGAGCAAAGCUCAAUGCGAUAGAUUGAGUUUACUCGUUGGGAAAUACGAAUCGAAUGCAAUGGCGUUAAGAUUAGCGUUAUCUUAUAGCGAUCGUGCCAUAGAAGCCUACGAUGUUCUCGUUGCUUUGUUAGAAAGCGAGAUUGCACUUUCUACAGAACGAAAUAGCCUUACUAUCGACAAUAGAAGAGCAGCUGAGAAUGUAGCUUAUCAUAUGUUGAACAGACUUGAAAAUGAUUGCGCUAAUGUUAUGGGUGCACCUUGGGAAGAUAGUAUAAUCUUGUCGGAUGAAUCUGAAGUAACUUGGACUGUCGAGAACGAGGAGAGACUUAGAAGACACAUUAGCAGAUUAAAAGGCGAUCGUGCUAUGGUCAGAUCCACUGCCGUGGAAUUAGAAAGUGUUCAUGUCGAACCUCUUAAUUCAAAAAAUACUAUUUCUCUCGCAGAAGCUAGAAAAUUAGAUUUAGAGACUGCUGUUCUUAUGCAAGAAUUAAUGGCUAUGAGAGAAGAUAAAGCAGAGUUGAGGGCAAGAGUAUUUCUUUUGGAAAAAGAAAGAGCUACGAUAGAAUUAAAGUUGAACGCGCAGGAAACGCAAAUUGCAGCUCAGCAUGCUGCUAUAGAACAUCUUCAGGGACAGCUUAACGAUACCGAGGCUAUGUUAUCAAUGAACAAAGAUCGUGGUCUUAGCGAUAACGAGAGCGAAGGUAUCGAGUCUGAACUUAUCGAAGCAUUGGGUAGAGAAGCAAGAUUAAAAGAACGUCUGCAAGAAUUAGUUUCAACAUUGGAUAAAGUGAAUAAGAACUCAGAAUUGAGACAUCAACAAUCUGCAGAACUUGUUAAUGAUUUGAAAAAAGCUAACAGUGCUCUGGUACAAACGUUGGAAAAAACAAAGAAAAAAUAUCAAUCUAGAUUAAAAAAAUUAGAGCAGCAAAUGUUGGGAAUGGUGGAAAGACAUACAGCACAGGUCAAAUCGCUUAAACAACGCAUAGCUUUGCUAGAGGAAGAAGCAGCAGUAUAUAAGGGAACUUUACCUCUACAAUCGCAAAGCUCGGGAGCUAGUGAAACAUCUUUAUGACAAUUAAGUGACUAAAAAUGAUAUAAACGUAAACGUAAUUUAUUGAAAUGCGUUUCCUGUCGUUACGAAACGUGCAAAAUAAAGAUUAAAUUUAUGUAUUUUUUUACUGGAAUAAUUUCUUAAUCAUGACGCUUUGCUAUUCGCUUUGUAAUUUUAUGAAGGUAUGAUACACCAUUCUCUCGUAGCAUACAGAAUUUUAUGCUGGGAAUUGUGACGUGCUAUGAAUACUUCGACGCGUGCAAGCUAUUUGAUAUAUGAUGAAUUAUAAAUAUAAAUUACUAGUAUGUUGUCUCAUUCAUAGCAGUGAUAUUUACUUGUAAAUAUGUAUAUUGUAACCAUAAACAGAAGUGUGAUACAUAUAAACAAUAAUUAAAUAAAUUGUGCUUUAUUAUA